AUGGAAAAACUAGCAUCUUUACGACCCGGAUCGAACCGGGCAGACCGUGUUAAUCUCUUCAUCAAUGGAACACCGUUAAUAUCCAACAGCUCGGAGCCAAUGAGCGCAUGGGGAGCCAAAACGUCGGAAGCAGCACAGUGCAUUUCAUGUGAAGAUCUGAGUGGAGAUCCACAGAGCAAGUACCUUUUACGAGCCGAGUUUGAAAUGACAGUUACACGGGAAAUGCUAAAUCCUCGGGGGACUAUGCAUGGUGGGUUCCAGGUGACAUUGUUUGAUAAUCUGUCGUCAUUUGCAGUGGCCGGGUUUGAUCGGUACUGGGAGGGGUAUAGUGAUGAGGAAAAGACGAUAGAUAUAUUCGUACCAAUUAAGCGGGUAGCCAAGAUGAUGGGAGUAUCCCGGACUCUAACUGCGACAUUUCUGAGGGCUGUUAGUGAAGGUGAUCUAGUCAAAAUGGAGGUAUUUGUUGUUGCCGAGACCAAAACAUUUACAGUUAUUACUGGGCGGGUUUACGAUAAGCAAGGGCGGGUGGCCACGGAAUUUUUCCAUGACAAGGUCAAGGUAGCUGCGAGAAUAUAA